AAAAAGUCCAUCUGUGAAAUUUCCUUGCUACUAAAUAUUCUACAGUCAACUGUUAUUGGUAUUAUAACAAAGUGGAAGCAACUGGGAACAACAGAAACUCAGCCACCAAGUGGUAGACCACAUAAAAUGACAGAGCGGGGUCAGCGCAUGCUGAAGUGCACACUGCGCAGAAAUCUUCAUCUCUCUGCAGGGUCACUAGCUAAAGACCUCCAAACCUUGUGUGGCCUUCAGAGGAGCUUCAUGGAAUGGGUUUCCAUAGCCGAGCAGCUGCAUCCAAGCCUUACAUCACCAAGUGCAAUGAAU